AUGUUCUAUGCCCUGGCUAUAGUCUGUGAUGUCUAUUUCGUUCCAUCACUGGAGAAGAUAUCAGAGAAUCUUCAACUUAGUGAGGAUGUUGCCGGGGCAACGUUCAUGGCAGCUGGAAGCUCCGCUCCUGAGCUCUUCACCUCCUUGAUUGGUGUCUUCAUCACUAAAGGUGACCUGGGGGUAGGCACCACCGUGGGAUGGGCUGUCUUCAACAUCAUCGGCAUCUGUGGGAUCUUCACCGUACAGCCCAUCUUUCUGAGCUGGUGGCCGCUGCUCCGUUAUACUCUCUACUACAUCCUGUCUAUACUGAUGCUGAUUGUGGUGAUCUAUGACGACAAAGUGAUUUGGUGGGAGACCAUCAUACUGAUCUCCAUGUAUCUAGUCUACAUUAUCAUCAUGAAGCUCAACAGAUCCCUGUCAGGCUGGGUGGAAAGGCACUGUGGUCGAGGGGGUCAGCCCUGUUUCAGUACCCUGAGACGGACCACCGCAGUUGGGCAUGGAGGAGUCGACUGUGACACUGACAUGGUGCUGCUGAAGAGAGAGACAGAGGUUGAUCCGUGCUCGGUGCCAGGAGCACGAUGGGGCCACAUGGGGAAUAGAGAGCGGUGGGGCGGGGCGGGGGACAGUGAGAGGCAGUCCCUGGAGGGGGACGGAGACAGGGAUGGGGGCCCGGAAGGGAACACAGGGGGGUUACAGCCCAAAGAGGAGGAAGAGGAGGAGCUGGAGGAAGAAGAGGUGGUCCCUUUCAGUCCCUUCAUAGUGCCAGGAGGGCACUGUGGGUGUGUGCGCUGGCUGGUGUCAUGGCAACUGUGCCUGCUGCUCUGCUGCACCAUACCCAACUGUGUCCUGCCUCGCUGGAGCCGCUGGUACCUCCUGACCUUUCUGGCCUCCACACUCUGGGUCGCACUCUUCUGCUACCUUAUGGUCUGGAUGGUGACCAUUAUCAGUUUCACGCUGGGCAUCCCUGAGGUGGUGAUGGGCAUCACCUUGCUGGCAGCUGGCACCAGCGUACCAGACUGUAUGGCCAGCCUCAUCGUCGCACGACAAGGUAUGGGGGACAUGGCUGUCUCUAUCUCCAUUGGUAAUAAUAUCUUUGAUGUGCUUCUGGGAAUUGGGUUUCCUUGGUUCCUGCGCACUCUGGUGGUCGACUAUGGAUCAGAGGUCCUGAGUGUUCAUCUGAACCGUUGGUGGAUGGACCGCAGACUGGGUCUCUGUUUAAUGAUGCUCUAUCACCGCUGCCUUCAUCUCGACACUGUUCCCUCUGCUCAUAUCUCGAUCACCAUAGCAGUGUCGGUUCUCCGGUUGAUAUCUGAUGUAGCAUGAACAACAUUCAAUCUGAUGCACUCUCAGGGAAAGCUAGUUCUUUACGUGCAGCCAUAUAUUUGUACUGUCAGCCUCAUCAUCCCUGCACUCAUUAUUUCCCACUCUCUUUUGCCAGAAGCUCAACAUCUUCCGCGGGCAUCUCUAACACUUCCUCCACGGAACCGAGAGGCAAGAGGGGCUUUUUGCGAAAACAUUCCAUCCUUGCAUACAAUAAAUAGCCUAUUGUUUUAAAAGUCACGUCAUCGCAAGUCUGUACUGCUUCCAGAAUAUCCCAUUCCCAUCAUCUCUCCUUCGCGCCCAGUCUGUUCCAGUGUUUUCGAGGCUCCGUCACGAGGGGUGUUUACCGUGCGUUCUUGGUGCCACCAUCAGUGAGCGCGCCAAUUGGGUGGGGCGCACCAAGGAGUGAGCUCCAGUUUCAGGGUCCAGAUAUGUAUUUAUCAUAAUAAACACGAGAGAGCUACAUAUGUUAUGCAUACGCCAUUAUGUCACUAAUAAUAUACUAUAGUACCAAGACACACAGAGAGACACAAUUCCAAUAAAUACCUUUUUAUUUCAUUUUUAUCCAAAUGCAUCCAUUAGGAGCACAAAAUAAUUGUAGCAGGAGUGCCACUGACCAAUAAGUAUGAGUGUGUUAAUACAUAUUUUAAAUGUCAAAUGCUGAGUGCUACAUUACCUAGUAGAUAUACCCUUAAGACAAUAUUGAUAGAGAAGGAGGUCAAAGCAUAAUCAAUAGUUUGACAUUUAUUCAGAGAUAGUGAAACUCAAACACAUCACAUACACUGAGUAUAACAAACAUUUGGAACACCUUCCUAAUAUUGAGUUGUACCCCCCUCACCUCUACAAGUUGUAAAAAACAAAGCAGCAGCGUUGCAGUUCUUGACCCAAACCAGUGCGCCUAGCCCCUACUACCAUACCCUGUUCAAAGGCACUUCAAUCUUUUGCCUUGCCCAUUCGGUGGCACACGUACACAAUCCAUGUCUUAAUUGUCUAAAGGCUUAAAAAUCCUUCUUUAACCUGCCUCCUCCCCUUCACCUAAACUGAUUGGAGUGGAUUUAACAAGUGACAUCAAUAAGGGAUCAUAGCUUUAACCUGGAUUCACUUGGUUUUGGUGGUGGUUUUGGCCUAAAUUAGUUAAUAGACCAAUAACAGAGAGUUCCAAAUAUCUCUGCUAAUAACAGCUCAUUUUCAUGUUCCUCUUGCCACUCCCAGACAUUCUUAGCAACAUUUUUGCUUCAGAAAUUGCAUGGAUUCACACACAAGGCAUAAAACUUCAGUUACAAGUAUUAACAAGCAUUAACAAGCAUACUUCUAAGCAUAUAAACACUAAGGCUAACUUAGAAGACAAAGCAAAUGAAACAAAUACCAAAAGAUAGUUUUGGGGUGGCAUUUUCCUUUAAGGAAAAAACAAAACGAAGGUGGUUGUCCAGGUGUAUGUGUGGGCGUAUAAUGAAUCCCAUCAGGGACAACUUAAGCAUUUUAGCUAAUUAGCAACUUUUCAACUACUUACUACUUUUUAGAUACUUUGCAACUACUUAGCAUGUUUGCUAACCCUAACCUUAAUCCUUUAACCUAACUCAUAAACUUAACCCUAACCUAGUUAACGUUAGCCAGCUAGCUAAUGUUAGCCACCUUGCUAGAAUUCGUAACAUUUCAUACUUUCAGUAAAUUCGUAACAAAUAGUACAUUUGCAAAUUUGUAACAUAUUAUAUGCUUUGUACAUUCGUAAACUAUAAUACAAAUUGUAAAUCGUAACAUGUCACAUGAAAUUGGGGAUGUACAUCCACACAUUAAUACAUACCAUAUGAAACAUAUCAUACUAAAUGGAGUGUGACGGAUUUACGUACUGAAUAAUACGAAAUGCUCUGAGACCAGGUUGCACAUACAGAUACACAUACCCUUUCUCUCUCUCUCUCGCUCACAUACACACCUCUCACUCGCUCGGUUCUCCCUUGCUCUCUCUCUCUGAACAUACACCCUCCCCCUCUCUCCCUCCCAGUCUAACCAGAGACGAGCAUGAUCCAGGGCAUGGGUUGUAGCAGGAUGCUGUGCAGCGUGACUCCUUCCUUCAGGAUAAUGAUGCAGACCUGUGUUCACCACUACAGUGUACAGCAGCCCCGUCCACAUGAACAGCAGACAGCUGAGGAAGUAGUGGUAGUUACGGAAGCCCACACACUGGCCGAAGAACACACAGUGGUGGUCUCGUCUCAGAACACACACCUUACUGUCAUAGCAGAGGGAGCACUGUGGGGGAGUGUGGGUCUCACAUGUGUAGCUGUACCUGUGGGUCAAGUAAAGGUGUGUUACAAUGUAAUAACUGCAGAUAACAGGUAAUGAACACUGGGGAAAUAAUAUUUGAAUGAUGAGAUCAAUCUCUGCUCCAGAACAUUUUCUGAAUAUCGCUAGCCUAUUGAUGAGGUACCUCUGGCCAUCAUUGCGUAGUCUCAACACACAGUCAAGUGAUUAAAACAGUCUGAACAGUUUGUUAGUCCUAAUGAUGAACCACUUUGUCUAUUUAGAUUACCUCCAGCCUUGCGCGAUUCCUUCUGAGCCAAGAAACACACCUUUGAUGCUGGGCCUGGUUUUCACAAACAACGAGGCGUUCCAUGUGAUAUUUCCCAACAUGAAGUACUGCGGGAGGAGGUGCAGUCUUCCACACAGUAGACCACUGGGUCUUGUUCUGGUCCAGUUGGAGCGGCGCCUCGACCAGGACCAGUGAAAGAGAAAUUAUGUCUACCUGGUAUAUGGACGGUGUCGGGGAGAACCGAGGUGGUUAUACAAAACAGGGACCAGAACUUCUGCUACAGAGUGAGCGCGGGAGGAUGAAGCUGCAGAGUAACCUUGUGGAGAGAGAAGAGCAGCGAUCUGGCACAUGAGCUGGACAUCAAACCAGGAUGUCAUCCAAUUGCAGUGUGACCACGUUACAGCUGGACUCAGUGAGACAGGCAGAAUGCCACCCUGUUCACCUACUACCCUGCAGAGGUGUCCCAGUUCUUUACAGCCACCAUCAAAGACUGAAAACAUGGUACAUUGAGGCAGCAGUAGCUGCAUUCAUGCAUUCUGUACAUAAACCGUUGUGGAAAACCAACACUCUGAUGACAGCAUCGUCAUGGCAAUGACCUGGCCGGAUCUGGCAAAAGUGAUACACAUGCCAGUGGAUGACUGACAUGGAAGAGGCCUAAGCAAAGAUCAAUGCCUUCUCUACCCUCAUUUUCCUGCUGCAGCCCGAAGACUGCCUCAACACAUUGGUUGUGUUCAGUAGCCAUUGCUUAGCUUGUGAAAAUAGGAAUAAUGGCCAGACAAUGGGUAGAAUACUCCUUACAGUGUUGUAAUGGAGUGUCUAUCUUUUACAGAUCCAUGGGGUGAACUGUGCUUGCUGCUUCUUGUGACCUCUGUAGCCAUUGUACCAUGUUCUUUUUGUUGUAUAUUUCUGUCAACAAUUCUACUCAUAUUAUAGGCCAUUGUAAUUGU